CCGCGCUCCCACUGCGCGCCGGCCGAGCAUCCUUCAUCCUGACCCUCCCGAGAGGGGGCACCAGAGACUCGACUGCCCAGGACCAUAAAUCCAGAAACCCACAGGCUACCUCCGCCGCGGAAGCCCGAUGCGCUGUCACAGCGAGAUUGGAGCGACUUGCUUUUCUCACCUCCAGAGCUGCUUUCUCCCUCUCUCUCAGAGCCAGACGUUAUGUUAGGAAAGCUGCUUGACUUAAUCUCUAAAAUAAUCCCCUGUAGGGCGUGGCCGGCGUUGUCUGGCCGAGCGGCCCAGUAGAGUUGGUCUUGACUGGGAGUGACUCGUUUUGUGCCUGAAGACAGCGAGGAAGAGUGAGGGCAGAGCAUCCUUUUGAAAUCAUCCAGAGCAGCAGUAGAGUUUUGUGUUGCUUUUUUGUUUAUACUGACCUUUUUUUUUUUUUUUCGGUGAAAUGUUAUUUUGGUUAAAAGAAGAUAUGGCCCCCCAGGAGCUCAUCCGGCGACUGGCAACAGUGAUCACUCAUAUCGAUGAAAUUAUGCAGCAGGAAAUCAGGCCCUUGUUGGCAGUGGAUAUAAUUGAACAACUUCACAGGCAAUUUGCCAUUCUUUCAGGAGGUCGAGGGAAAGAUGGUGCCCCCAUCAUCACUUUUCCAGAGUUUGUGGGAUUCAAACACAUCCCAGAUGAAGACUUCCUGAAUGUCAUGACCUACCUGACUAGUGUUCCCAGUGCGGAGGCUGCCAGCAUCGGAUUCGUCAUUGUUAUUGACAGACGAAUGGACAAGUGGAGCUCCAUAAAAGCAUCCUUGACACGAAUAGCUGUAGCAUUUCCAGGAAACUUGCAGCUCAUAUUCAUCCUUCGUCCAUCUAGCUUUAUCCAGAGGACAAUCACGGACAUUGGCAUUAAAUACUAUCGAGAUGAAUUUAAAAUGAAAGUGCCGAUCGUUAUGUUAAAUUCUGUCUCUGACCUUCAUGGCUACAUUGCCAAAAGCCAACUGACAGAAGACUUAGGGGGAACUUUGGAAUAUCGCCACAGUCAGUGGAUAAAUCAUCGAACUGCUAUCGAAAACUUUGCCUUGAUGUUGAAGACCACUGCCCAGAUGCUUCAGACGUUUGGGUCCCACCUGUCCACGACAGAGCUGCCCAGAGGCAUGCUGUCCACUGAAGAGCUUUUCAUGUUGCACACGAGGCAGUGGGACAAGCUGCAGGAUGAGCUGAAAUUACUUGGAGAGCAAGGGGCUAUGUUGCUGUCGUGCAUUCAAGAACCAGCAACCAAAAAUCCUACCAGUAAACUCCAUGCCAAUGAAAUUGAGAAUGUAGCUACCAUAGAAAGAUUGCUAGUUCAAUUGGAUGAAACAGAAAAAGCCUUCAGUCGGUUUUGGUCCAAGCAUCACCUGAAGCUUAACCAGUGCCUACAACUACAGCAUUUUGAGCACAAAUUUUGUGAGGUUAAGCUUGCCCUGGACAACUUGUUGGCAGAGCAAGCAGAGUUUACAGACCUUGGAGACAGUGUGAUGCAUGUGGAGCAACUUCUUAAGGAGCACGAAAAACUGGAAGGAAAAGGCCAGGAGCCCUUGGAAAAAGCCCAGCUGCUUGCAGUAAUUGGGGACCAACUCAUCCAAAGCCACCACUAUGCAGCGGACUCCAUCAGAUCCAAGUGUGCGGAGCUCAGGCACCUCUGUGAUGACUUCACCAAUGAAAACAGGAAAAGAUAUGAUGUUUUAGGAAAAUCUUUGGAGUUGCACAAACAGCUAGACAAGGUCAGCCACUGGUGUGAAGCAGGAAUCUACCUCUUGGCUUCCCAAGCUGUAGACAAGUGCCAGUCGCGAGAGGGGGUUGACGUUGCCUUGAAUGACAUUGAGGAAUUCCUGGACACAGCAAAGGAGUACCAGUUGCCCAGCCCCAAGGAAUUUCACAACCAGUUUGAGUUGAUGCUCACCCUUGAUGUGAAGGCCAAAGCCCAGAAAGUCCUGCAGAAGCUGGGUGAUGUACAGGAAAUAUUUCGCAAGAGGCAAAUGAGUCUGAUGAAACUGGCAGCCAGACAGACUCGCCCAGUGCAACCUGUGGCUCCCCAUCCUGAAUCCUCCCCAAAAUGGGUGUCACCAAAAACCAGCCAGCCCUCUGCCUCAGUACUACUCUUACUACCAAUGAAAACAUCUGAAGAACCUUAUGCAGAGACAGAUGCGAACUCCCUGGAAAAGGAAGAUGAUGAGACUAAAUUCGAAGGCAAGAAUGAAGAAAUACUUGAAAGCAGUCAUAAUGGGGAUAACCCUGAGCUGGAGAAGAUUGACAGUCCUGAAAAUCUUUCCCCCAUCAGGCAUGUUAUACGUGACUUGCUUGAGACCGAAGAGAUUUAUAUAAAAGAAAUUAAGAGCAUAAUUGAUGGAUAUAUUACUCCAAUGGAUUUUAUUUGGCUGAAGCACCUCAUUCCAGAUGUUCUUCAGAAUAACAAGGACUUUCUCUUUGGGAAUAUUACAGAACUUUACGAAUUUCACAACAGGACUUUUCUAAAAGAAUUAGAAAAGUGCACUGAAAACCCUGAGCUUUUGGCAAGUUGCUUUCUCAAGAGAAAAGAAGAUCUUCAAAUAUAUUUUAAAUACCAUAAGAAUCUGCCCCGAGCUACAGCAAUCUGGCAAGAAUGUCAAGACUGUGCCUACUUUGGGGUAUGCCAGCGCCAAUUGGAUCACAAUCUCCCUCUUUUUAAAUAUCUUAGAGGACCGAGCCAGAGACUUAUAAAAUACCAGACGCUGUUGAAGGGUCUGCUGGAUUUUGAAUCUCCUGAGGAUUUGGAGAUAGACCCAGGAGACUUAGAGGGAGGUUCGGCCAAGAAUGGGCCAAAGAUGACGAAAGAUUCAGCAUUCUUAGCUGAACUACACCAAGCUUUAGCUGUGAUGGAGGAUUUGAUCAAGUCAUGUGAGUUGGCCAUGGACCUGGCAGCAGUCACUGGAUGUCCGGACGACGUCGGAAAACUGGGCAAGCUGUUGAUGUGCGGCUCUUUCAACGUCUGGACAGUUCACAAGGAUCGCUAUAAGAUGAAGGAUUUUAUUCGAUUUAAGCCCAGCCAGAGGCAAAUUUAUCUCUUUGAAAGGGGACUAGUGUUCUGUAAGAUACGAAUGGAGCCCAGUGGCCAGGGCCUAUCUCCUCAUUACAGCUUUAAGAAGUCUAUGAAGUUGAUGACACUUUCAAUUCACCAACUUGAAAGGGGAAGCAACAGAAAGUUUGAAAUUUCCAACCGAAAUGGACUUGAGAAAUACAUCCUGCAGGCAGCUUCAAAAGAAAUCAGAGAUUGUUGGUUCUCAGAAAUAAAUAAAUUACUGACGGAACAACAAAACAAUAUGAAAGACCAGUAGAAUCCACAGUUUGAAGCAAGCACUAGCAAAGGCAAGAAAGUGGAAUUUGCUUCCUGGAUUGAAAAUAUAGGAAGAGGUACUAGUAAUAGGAAAGACCCAGUGACUCCAUCAGGUGGUGUUGGCUGCUCCAGCAGGGAGUUUAUCUCCAUGGAAACCUUUGAGGACUGUGAAGGGGCAGAAGAUACGGAGAAGGAAGGCAGCUCUCUGAGACUCUCGGGCCUUUUCCAAUUGGACGACAGUUAUGAAACCUGUUCCUCCAAGUCUGUUCCAGGCACUGGAGAAAGCAUCCGGGGAGGAAAAGAAGGUGACGAGAAGAACACGUGAGUGUGAAAGAGGAAAGAAAAGUAAGCGAAGUUGUU